AUGUCGUGGCUGUUUGGAAGUAAGCAGGACAAGAAAGAGACGCCAGUGGCUCCAGCUGGCCAGGGCGGGUUCGACGCGAACCAAAUCUCGGACAUUUCUAGCAUUCUGAAGAGUAACACCUUGGAUCCAACCAAGCUGCAUCCUUUGGCCGGUCUCGACAAAGACAUCGAAUAUUUGGACCUGGACGAGGAAAAACUCACCACUCUGGAAGGCGCCGGCAACGGGCUGUUGCCAUCGAGAGGAUGGACCGACGAUCUCUGUUACGGAACGGGUACCGUGUACGUUCUAGGACUGGGUCUUGGAGGUAUCCGUGGAUUAAACGAGGGUUUGAAAAAUCUGCCACAGGGAAGGAUGGACCCUGUGACAAACCAGCUCAGGCCAGUUCCCUUCAAGCUCAAAUUGAACACAGUUUUGAAUCAGGUCACCAAGUUUGGCCCCCACAUGGGUAACAAUGCCGGUGUUCUGGCUAUUAUGUACAACCUGAUUGACUCUUCUCUGGACAACAUUAGAAACAAGCACGAUGACCUCAACUCGCUGGCUGCUGGCUUUUUGAGUGGCGCUCUCUUCAGAAGCAGCAAAGGUCUCAAACCUAUGGGGUAUUCGGCUGGUGCAAUGACCUUGGUGGCCGCAGCAUGGUGUGGACUCAAACGAGUGAUCAAUUGA